GUAAAGUCCACCCACAAUGAAAAGUCAAAUACCGACGGAGCACUUUCGCAUGCCAACCGAGUUCGAUUGUUAAAUGAAUAACUCCCAACAACCUACAAGAGCACGGACAAGGACGCUCGCUAUGAUCGUCCGUCGCGACAUAAUACCGGUCCCAAUUGGGUCAUAUACGCCCGAGACGGAUGUAAAGAACGUAACCUUAACGCGCGUUGCCUAGGUGUGUCUCAAAGCAUAUACUCUGCCACAAGAGGGGUGUUAUAUGUGUCGUGUAUAUUCCAGAGGACCGCUAUACCCAAUAUUGAGAACGGUACCAUGAAGGCUUCCGAUGGCGCAUGAGUCAUCGAAGCUCGACGGACAUCAGACCGCUCAAAAGCCCAAACGGCGACCACGAAAGAUAGAACGAAAUGAUGAAGACGACAUCUUCGAUGCCCUCAGAUGGGACGGUAAAAGUCACGUACCGAGGAUUUGAAAGCCUCCUGUCUCGACCUGCAUCCAAUGUCUAUGAUCGGUCCUACUCGAGCCGCUCGCCACAACGCCACCCGUACUCCCGCAUAUGCCUGGAGUCACAGGUGCCAACACUACCCCCGCCGCCUCCCCCGAUGGUUGAUCCGGCGUGGAGAGCGUCAGUCAAGGUCGAUGAGCUCUGCCGGGCGAGAUGUUGUAUUGGCCCUAAAUACACUUCUCCGUCCGCCGACAGUAGUCUCACCCUCACCCUCGCCCUCACCCUAUUCCUCGCAACUUCGACCACGUCACGACCUCUCACGUCCCCAACAGAACGUUCACCUCUGGCGGAUUAGGAAACUGACCAAUCCGUCUUCACCUGCCCCUCUUCCUCAACCUUCGACUCGCACCGUUCUCCGUUCCCGAUCCUAUUCCGCCGAUCCUCAUCACACUCAUCCUCUCCUUCCUCUUACCGUCCGCCCACUGUUUCUGAAUCAGGUACUUCACGAGCCAGCCAGCCUCGCCUUCCUCUCCUUCGCCUUCGUACCCCUCCCUCUUCCCGCAUGCGUCGCGUCCAUCUCCGUAUCCGUAUCCGUCUUCCUUCCAGAUUCUGACUUAUUCCUUCGUCCUGCCUCGCACGUUUCCGAAGCGGGUGGAAUCGGAAGGCUAAGCAUUGAGGUGUGGAU